AUGAAUUUGAAAAUAAUCACCCAGAUACCAAAGAAAUUUGGAAGUUGGUAUGAUGCUACCUUGAGAAGAAGACCUCUCCUUACAAGAAUGGUUACCACAUUCAUUAUAACUGGAGCUGCUGAUUUCAGUAGUCAACUUAUUAAGAAGUAUCGUAGCGAGCGAGAAGAGAAUGAAUUGUAUCCAAUAUUUUCGCUGAAAUAUGCGACUUGUUGUGGGAUGAUAAAUGCCCCCUGGAUGCAUUUUUAUUACACAUUACUCAUUGACAGAGUUGUGCCUGGUACUGGCACAAUUGUUCUUCUGAUAAAGUUAGCAUGUGAUACUUUUCUGUAUUCACCAGCUUUCUGUCAUUAUAUGUGCUUCCUGAUUGCAAAGCUAAAUGGCUCGACAAAUAAGGAGGCUAAAAGAAAAAUGAGAGAAAAUUAUUGGCUUACUCAAGUUCUCUCUUGGAAGAUAUGGCCAAUUGCUAGUUUAAUUAACUAUGCUUUUCUUCCUGUUAGAUACAGAGUUUUAUUCUUGAAUAUGGCAAGCUUUUUAUGGGCAAUACUAUUUUGAUUCAAAAACUCGAAUCCAGGAAGUGGAAAAGGAGAUUACAGUGACAAGGAUAUUGCUGAAGUUGUUGCUAACGCCCCUUAA